CCCUGAAAUAUUUUAGGUUAGAGUGUACUUCCAGUUCCCAUAUAAAAUUUUAGCCAUUUUUUUCUCAAGGAGUAGCCGACUUUGAACUGAUUCCCAGUUGUUACCGUUAAACGCCAUAACCAAUGACUUCCAGGCGAUUGAGAGCUUUCAAGCGAUGGAUGACAUCCAACGGCAUCCAAUACAGCGACGCUCUCCAAUUCACUGACAGCCGCGACGAAGGAAUCGCCGUCCGAGCCUUGUGCGAUCUGCGGGAAGGGGAUGUGGUUGCGAACAUACCCAAGCUCGCCUGCCUCACCGUCAAGACCAGCGCUGCCUGUUCGAUCAUUGAAGAAGCCGCUUUAGGCGGUUAUCUGGGCCUCUCGGUGGCCGUCAUGUAUGAGAAAAGUUUGGGGGAGGGCUCCAAAUGGGCUGGCUAUCUCCAGCUUCUACCCGACAGGGAGUGCCUGCCCUUGCUUUGGUCUCUGGAAGAUGUGGACCAGCUUCUUUGCGGAACUGAGCUACACAAGACGGUGAAAGAAGACAAGACUCUUAUGUUUGAGGACUGGAAAGAGAAUAUCGUCCCUCUUAUGGUGUCUGCACCUUCGAUGUUCAGUCUGGAAUUUUUCGGAGUUGAAAAAUAUUUUUGUGCAAGGAGCCUCAUUUCUUCUAGAUCUUUUGAGAUUGAUGACUUUCAUGGGUUUGGGAUGGUUCCUUUGGCGGAUCUGUUUAACCACAAGACGAAUGCUGAGGAUGUACACUUUACGUUGGUGUCUUCUGACAUUGAGUCUGAUAAUAGUUCCGUCCACCUAAAUGAUGUACAUCCAUAUGACGAGUCUAAAUCCUGGAAUUCUCCUUUGGAUGAAGCAGGGUCCGAUUCUGUUCUAACUGAGGCAAACAGUGCCUAUGAUAUUAACUCAGACUCCUCUAGUCUUGGAGGUGAUCCUACAACGCUUGAGAUGAUUAUGGUGAAAAAUGUCAAAGCUGGCGAUGAGGUGUUCAAUACAUAUGGAUCGUUGGGAAAUGCUGCUUUGCUUCACCGAUACGGAUUCACCGAGGCUGAUAAUCUGUAUGAUAUUGUGAACAUUGAUUUAGAGCUUGUCACAGAUUGGUGUUCAUCUCUAUUUUCCAGGCGACACAGUAGAGCAAGAGUAUCAUUAUGGAGAAAGUUGGAGUACUGUGGUUGUGGUAAUGAUAACACUGAAUAUUUUGAGAUAUCUUAUGAUGGGGAGCCACAAACUGAGUUACUGAUAUUAUUAUACAUAAUGUUGCUACCAGAGGACGCCUUUAAUUAUUUUGCUUUGACUACAUCAGUAUCAGGGAAUUUUUGUGGUGUUAUGUUGUGUGAAAAAGGGAAGUCCACUUGGAUUGAGGAUUCAGAGAUUAGCAGGGAUGUUUUGCUGACCAAAGAUGUUCGUAAAGCUCUUGUGUCGCUUGCAGAUAUGCGGGAGAGCUUAUAUGGUUCAAGUUGUUUUGGAAAAGACCUCGGGACAGUAUGUUGUGUACAAGAUAGGAAGUUAUAUCAUUCUUUGAUGCUAUGCGAAAGCGAGAGAAUGAUCCUUAAGAAACUACGAACUUAUGCUGCUGUGGGUAGUCAGUUAUCGAGUACUGAAAGGCGAUCGUCUCUGAGGAAGGAAGCACACAUGAACAAGUAAUUUAUUUAUUUAUGAGCUCAUUCUUCUUGAGAUUUUCACAUUCUAGAGAAUAUUGAAUAGUUGUGUUCCAGCUUACCAAUUUGUUAUACAAUGACUUGAGUUAUUACAUCUCAUUUUCACUUUGAAUCAUAUUGGUCUGUAGAUUCUCAUUCAGGUUUACCUAAAUGUGGGUUUCUGUACCACCCAGAAUUGGAAUGGAUUAUAUGUUCAAUUUUGAAUUAGCAACCCA